UGAGAAUGGCUGCGUGGUGGGCUCUUGCGCUGACAGCUCUGGUUCUGACUCUGAAUGAUGGGAAGGCAGAAGCGGACCCGGUACCGUUAGUUAUUUGGCACGGAAUGGGAGAUUCCUGUUGCAACCCCUUCAGCAUGGGGGCAGUGAAGAAAAUGGUGGAGACGCAGAUUCCAGGGAUAUAUGUUCUUUCACUGAAGAUUGGCAACAGCAUCCCAGAGGACAUGGAAAACAGCUUCUUCCUCAAUGUGAAUGAGCAGGUGGAAGGUGUUUGCAAAGAGCUAGCCCAAAAUCCUGCACUGAAAAAUGGAUAUAACAGUAUGGGAUUUUCUCAAGGAGGGCAAUUUUUGAGAGCAGUGGCUCAGAGAUGUCCUUCUCCACCUAUGAGGAAUCUGAUUUCUAUUGGAGGACAACAUCAAGGAGUCUAUGGAUUUCCACGAUGUCCAGGAGAAAUUUCCCAUAUGUGUGACUUGAUAAGAAAGUUUCUGAAUCUUGGUGCCUACACUAGAGAUGUACAAAAUCACCUGGUGCAAGCUGAAUAUUGGCACGACCCAAUAAAUGAAGAGGAAUACAGAAAUGGCAGUAUUUUCCUAGCAGACAUCAAUCAGGAGAGGCAUGUGAAUGAGAGUUACAAAAAGAAUCUCCAACUGUUGGAAAAGUUUGUGAUGGUGAAAUUUCUUAAUGACACCAUGGUGGAUCCUCCCGAUACAGAAUGGUUUGGGUUCUACAAACCUGGACAAAGCAAAGAGACUAUCAGAUUACAGGAAAGCAGUUUGUAUACUGAGGAUCGUUUGGGGCUUAAGGAAAUGGAAAAAGCGGGAAAGCUGGUGUUUCUAGGAGUGGAAGGAAAUCACCUGCAAUUCUCACAAGAGUGGUUUAACAAGAAUAUAAUUCCCUUUCUGCACUGAUUUCCAUUAUUGAAAAGGUCACUAUAGCUCCAUUUUAUUUUCCCUAUGAAUAUGCCCAAUGAAAAUAUUGCAUAAGAAAUUGUUCUUUUGUUAAGAUAGCAGUUUAAGGUUGUCUAAAGUAGGGAUGCACCGAAUCCACUUUUUUGGAUUCGGCCGAACCCCCGAAUCCUUCGUGAAAGAUUCGGCCGAAUACCGAACCGAACCCUAAUUUGCAUAUGCAAAUUAGUGGUGGGAAGGGGAAAACAUUUUUUACUUCCUUGUUUUCUGACAAAGUCAUGCAAAUUAGGAUUCGGUUUGGCCGGGCAGAUGGAUUCGGCCGAAUCCUGCUGAAAAAGGCCGAACCCUGGCCGAAUCCCGAACCGAAUCCUGGAUUCGGUGCAUCCCUAGUCUAAAGCAAUAAAUUUACAGACCACCUAUUGUAUAAUCCAACAAAAGCAUUGCUAGAUAAAUUGGACUUUAAUUGAACUUUACAUUACAGGAGGAAUUGCCCUGCUGUGGGGAAUUCCAAUACAGCCGCAUUUUCGUAACUCAUCGGUCAUAGAUAUAGUGUUCUCAAAUUGUUUCCCUUUCUCAAGGCCACUUGGGUGCAAGAAUUAAUACGAGACCCCCUAAAACUAUGCAAGGAAAGGUUCUCCUGUAUUAGACACAGCCUUAGGAAAAAUGGAGGCAUAGUGACCUUUUAAACAUGUCCUAUAAAUGAAGGCACUUUAGUCAGGGAUCUUGUAAGGUUAAAAAGUAAUUUGCUCGUACUAAUGUAGAUGUAAAUAUUUUUUUAAUAAGAGAUCACAGUGCCAGAGAAACAUGUCAAUACAUUUUAACGCAGCAAUAAAAAAAAACAAUAUUUUUGGAAAGCUA